CCAGUCCAGGAGCCCCCAGCCACCACCCUCCCCUUGUGUGUAAUCUCGUUGAAAAACACUCGACCAAAUCUCUUCCAAUUAUCUUUCUUUCGAGAUUUUCCCAACACCCACGAAAGUAGUAGCUGCAAGUGCGAAAGAAGAAGCGGAGGAACAAGCUUAGCGGAUUGCAGUAUUCGCGGGUCCGUUCUGCGUUCUACUUUGCUUCUCGAACCAGUUACGGCUUCCUCCUGGAUUGUGCAAGCCGUUUCGAUUGCAAAAGAGGACAAAACGAGUGUAGCAAGGUGGAACCACAGUAGACCAAACGAGAGGCGGUGGUCAAGCGAUGUGAUUGUCCUCAUCCCCCAGGACAGGUUUCUUCCGAGAUCCUAUUCCGGCAGUGGUUCUCACUCGUGAAUCGCAAGGAACUUCGGUGGGAGGACGGGUCUACAAUUACGUGGCGACGGUGGGCAACCGAGCAGCGAAGGCAGGGCACUGGAAAAGAACGCUCGUUCUCGUUCCGCAGACUAGCCACUGGUGCGCAACAUGUCGGUCACGUUCGAGCAGAUUAUACUGGAUGCGAAGCGGAUCGCCAACCGGUUGAAGGAUCGUGAGGCGCUGGGCGAUGCACUGCUGCUGGAGUCGGAAUCGGUCAACAAGCAAAUUGAAUCGAUGCGCCAGUUCCAGGAUGAUAUCGACAUCCUGAAUCGACUGGCACGCGAACGUUCCAACAACCAGCUGAUCACGAUCAUACACCAGGAGAACCCGCAGAUACGUGAAAUCCAGCAGGAGAAUCGGCUACUAAAGGCGGCCCUCGAGGAUCACCAGCAUGCACUCGAGCACAUCAUGUCCAAGUACCGUGAGCACACGCAGGCCAAGAUCCUUAACACGAAGGUGAACUUCGUUGAGGCAUACAGCCGGCAUCACCAAGCGGCCGACAUCGAGCGGCGGGACCAGAUGAUCCGUCAGCAAACGGCGAAAAUCCAGGAGAUGGCCGCGGUGAUGCAACGAGCCUCCCAGCUCGACGAGGAGAAGUUAAACCACGAGCAGGAGGUGCUCAGCCGGCUCGUAACGGAGAACAAGGGUCUGCGCGAGUUGCUGGAAAUAUCGCGCAAGUACGGCUCCGGUGGUCAGAAGAUGCUGGUGGAUGAAAAGUCCACGCAAACGGAAAGCUGCCUACUCGAAGAGUUAAUAGAGGCAGCGGUAAAAGAAAGAGCGACUGCGACCACCAGCAGCAGCAAAGCCACAGAGAAACCAACCACGGACACCACACGUUUGGAUGCGAAAGUUCCUGCUACCGAGCAACAUUCGUCCGCACCCGUGGUCAGCGAGGGAACGUCGACCACGGCCACCACUAGUACCAGCACUACCACCAGCACCAGCACCAGCACAGGCACUAUAAAGAACAGCAGCGGUUCAGCGACGAGCACAGUGGAAUCGACGACUACCGCUGUCGCUGUUGCUGCUACUACGGCGAUCACGGUACCAGCGACGGUUCCGGCCACCACUACCAGCUCGUGACGCGAUUCGGGAGAAUGUCAGACAUCGGUUCUGUUCUGCUGCCAAUCGGCCAUCCUGUAAGCGGGCCCCCUUCCCCCCGGGGGAGUACGUCAUCGCAUCAAGCAUCGCUCGCCAAAGUAGCUGCUCCCACUCUGUCUCUGUCUCUUCAGCAUCAUGAGCACCAUUGUCGUCGUCUACGUCGUCAUCGUCGUCAUGGUUCAUCACCGUUCACUCCUUACACUCUAGUUUCAACAGUAAUGCAGACCAGGUAACAUCGAUCGACUGCCGGUUCGGACUGCAACACCACCAUCCGCGCCAUCUAAAUGGCCACUUCCUAUGAAUUGAAGGCGCUUGACGGAUAUCGCAGGAUCUAGCAUCGUUCCCCUUUUUCAUCGGGGGCAACUGUCACGGGCGCAAUCUGUCGAAUAAAUUUGUUAUUUUCUCA